UGGUGCAUCGGUGGUUAAUUCCUCCCUGUGGAAAUGCUCGAUUCACUCAUUAGCCAUGAUCCGAAGAUGUUGAACGAGAAGAAGCCUGAUGAGAUCAUUGCAACUGGUGUUCUCGAAAGUCUGCAGAAUUUUCUACGCAAGUGUGUCAUAGCUGUCCUAUCCUAUGGCCCAAUGCCUAAGCACAUUGCUUUUAUCAUGGACGGUAACCGCAGAUACGCUAAAUCCAGAAGUAUCAAGGAAGGCAGUGGCCAUAGGGUGGGUUUCUCUGCUCUAAUGGCAAGUCUUCUCUACUGCCACGAAAUGGGCGUGAAAUAUAUUACGGUUUAUGCCUUUAGCAUCGACAAUUUUAAACGGGGCCCGGCUGAGGUGCAAACCUUGAUGGAGUUAAUGGAGGAAAAGAUCAAUGAGCUGUUGGAGAACAGAAAUGUCAUCAACAAGCUUAACUGCAAGAUCAACUUCUGGGGGAGCCUGGACAUGCUUACCGAACCAGUGCGGCUGGCAGCUCAGAAGCUGAUGGCGAGCACUGCCCAAAACACAGGAUUGGUAUUCUCUGUCUGCAUGCCGUACAACUCGACUUCUGAGAUUGCCAAUGCUGUCAACGAGCUCUGCAAAGAGCGGAGGGACAUGAUACAGGGACAGCACACUGGCAGCUGCAAUGGCCUCACUGCUAAUGGUGGCACACAUUCAGACAUCUCAGUGGCUGAUUUGGAUCGCCAUAUGUACACCGCUGGCUGCCCCGAUCCAGACAUUGUGAUCCGUACAUCGGGCGAGACUCGGCUGAGCAAUUUCCUUCUAUGGCAGACUACGUUUAGCCAUCUCCAGAACCCAGACCCUCUGUGGCCUGAGUUUUCUUGGAGGCACCUUGUUUGGGGGAUAUUGCAGUACCAGAGAGUCUACCCAUACAUUGAGCAAAACAAAACUCUGGCGAAGAAGCAGCUGUGAACGAGGGACAGAAGGCGGGCAAAGCAGUCGUAAAUAAGGCAUCUCAUCUCCUUUGGCAGGAGAUAAGUAGAUACCGAGAAAAUAUGGUAAUAACACCUGUCCAGAGUUGGCUCGUAUUAUUCUUCCUGUACCAAGAGAGUGUAAUUAUGGGGAUCAUGUGUAGUAUGAUCAUAUGAUGGAUAAUCCUUGUUUUGCCGCUGUGUUUA